AUGGAUUAUUCUACCAUUUCAAGCCUUGACUGGCACGUCUACAUCCAUCACCUGCACAAGUGGCUUAGAGUCUUUGCAUCUUUGACCCUGGCUAUCGUACUCUUCAAAUUGAUCGAUUUCCUCUGCCGAGUUACUUAUCGUCUAUAUCUCAGUCCCCUGCGCAAGUUCCCUGGCCCUCGACUCGCCGCCAUCAGCAGCACAUGGGAAAUUUACCAUUCAAUAAGAAAUGACCGAUUUCUGGCUAUCCAUGAAUUACACGAGAAGCACGGCAACGUUGUGCGCAUCGGCCCAAACCAGGUAUCUGUAGCUUCACCUGAAGCUUUCCACCACGUAUUCGUCACAAAGUGUAGCAGCUUCUUGAAGACGGAUUUCUAUGCGACUAUACAGCCGGGUAUAGGGCCAAAGUUUGCCGGUCUAUUUAACUACAUCAAUCAUAAGCAAGCUAUGGCGGAGCGGCGCGAUCUACAGCCCCUGUUUUCGCCAGGUAACCUAAAGCACUAUGAGGCAAGGUUUGACGAGCAACUUGAUAUCUUGAUGGGGGUUAUCAAACAAAGAGGGAAGGUUGAUCUAUUUGGACUUUUUAAGUUCUUUAUGUUAGACGUCAUCGGAGAUCUAGCCCUUAACAAAAGCUUUAGCCAAGUAACAUCAGGCCAAGAGCAUCAAUACGUGGUUGACUUCAACAACGCCUUUAUGCUUAUAGGACUUCAAAACACUUUUGCACCGAUUAUACCCUUGAUACCAUAUCUUCCGUUCAAUAAACUGAAAGACGCCUAUUACGGACUUCAACGUGUUUUUUCUUACUCCAAGGAGCGAGUCGAGGAUUAUCUCAAGCAGGAUAUGUCAAAGAAGCAGGGAUCGUUGAUGUCAGGCUACCUGGACCCGACGACUGGGGAGCCGAAAGAUGGCUAUUCAGCUUGGUCUAUCGCACUUGCUGGCCACGGAUUCAUUUGCUGGCUCCGAAGCAACUUCUAUCACUCUGACAUAUCUCAUCUGGAUGUUGAUUAA